AUGUCCGACGCCGACGCCGACACCAUCUCGGCCCGCAUCUCCCCUUCGUGCCCCCCGGAGACACAGCGCGUGCUAACCGCCGCCUGGGCGCACGACCUCGAAGCCGUCAAGAAGCUGCUCGACGAGCCCGGCAAGGCGCGCGUGCAGGACCCCACCACGGGCGAGACGCCGCUGCACGCAGCCAUCCGGUCGUGCGGCUCGCCCUCGGAACAAGACGAUGACCCGGCCGAUUUGGAGGCGGCCAGGAAGGUUGUUUACGAGCUCUUGCUGUGGGGCGCCAUCUGGAACGAUGUCGACGAUCAUAACGAGACGCCCGGGUGCGUGGCGCGCCGGUUGGCGAGGACAGAGUUGUAUAAUCUGUGUGUCGAGGCUGGGGUGAGGGCGGAGAUGUUGUUUGGGGUUAUGGAUGGGUACGAGGAGCUUGGAAGUGAGGGGGAGGAUGUCGAAGUGGUGGACUUGGACGAGGAGGAUACUGGGAUGGUGGUGGUUGGCGAGGAUGGGGAUGAGCCGCCCGAGUUGGUUGAUAUCGAGGCCAAUGGGCAAAAUAAGACGGCGGAGGAGGAAGUGCAGGAGGAUGAACCCCAGUUUCGGCCACCAAAAGACCAUACAGAAGCCGACGUCAUCUCCGAGGCGUACCUGCGGUCGAAGCUGACCUACUCAGACGGAAAGCUGGUGGAUGAUAAAGGCAAUGGCGUCAUGAUGGCAUGGGAGACCGACAUCAUGCGCCAGAGUGUCGAUGCUCUGUUGCCGGGCAAGGAGCCGGGGAAGAGAAUACUCAACAUCGGCUUCGGAAUGGGCAUUAUCGACACCAUGCUUGCCGAGACCAAGCCGUCGCGCCAUCAUAUCAUCGAGGCCCAUCCCGGUGUCCUUGAACACAUUUCAAGCCCCGGUUCGAAGUUUGGCGCUGCCUGGGAGGAGAGCGGUCCUGCUCCCGGCGCAUUCAAGGUCUACAAGGGGAAGUGGCAGGAAGCGUGCCACCAGCUGCUCGAGGAAGGCCAAAUAUACGACGCCAUCUACUUCGACACUUUUGGCGAAGACUAUUCCCAGCUGCGCAUGUUUUUUACCGAGUUCAUCCCCGGUCUCUUGGACAGCGAAGGGAGGUUUGGCUUUUUCAACGGCCUCGGCGCGGAUCGCAUGAUCUGCUACGACGUCUACACCAAGGUGGUCGAACUGCACCUUGUUGAUGCUGGCCUAGACGUCGAUUGGAAGGUGAUUGAUGUCGAAAUGUCGCACCUAGCCGAGGCUGGUAAGGGAGAGUGGGAAGGUGUCAAGAGGAGAUACUGGACGCUCGACAAAUAUCGGCUGCCGACUUGCACGUUCCUGGGUUGA